UGCUCUGACUUGUUUUGUAUUGAUGAUGUAAAGCCAUUGGCUCAGAAACAUUCGCCCUCAUCGUCAUGUUCUCUGGCUUGUGAAUCUAAUUCUCGGGCACAUAUUUCGUCCGUGAACCAUCAAUUCGCUGUUUUAUCCCAGAAACCCCGCCGUCCUGCAUCUUUGUUCAUUCCUCCGUCUAAUCCUGGUUACGAGAUUCUUCGCCUCGGUGAAACAGGUGGUCUGGGUCGUCAUGGUCAAGGACGUCGUUUUCCCAUUGCAACAAUUCUCAAGAGGGACAGGAAGGGAAUCGGUGCCGACAAAAAGAAUUGUCCUCGUAUAACGCAUUUUGUUCGAAAUGACCCGGCUGCCGUGAAAAAUUGUCCAAAACGUCCAAAUGCCAAGUUGGAUAAACAGACCCAGGCGAGGCGCGCUAGAGAGGAUAAACGAAAGGAAAUCCGGUUCCGACAGGAAUUUUAUCUUGAUGAUGAACAACUGAAACUACUCUAUGGUGAAACUGGAUUUUCAUUUUGA